CGUGGCCAAUCGCCAGCAAUGACGCGAAGAAUAUUAAGAAUUACUUGUUCGAAGUAGGUGGAAGUUAUCGAUGUGACUUCUGCAGACUUCAUCUCUAUAAAGUUGUCAUUACGAAGGCCAGAUAAGAUUUUGUUCGACGUUAUGAUUAGUUGCCGACAACUUUAACGAACAAGCCAUAUAGGAAAUAAUUACAUUGACAUAGCUAGCUAACGAACUAAGAGGUAGAGAAGGACAUUUACAACGACGAUGAUAGCCUCUCAUCUUCUGGCUUACUACUUCACGGAGCUCCACCAUGACAAAGUUCAACAAGUGGAUAAAUACCUGUACCACCUGCGGUUAUCAGACGAGAACCUGAUGGACGUGUCGGUGAGAUUCCGACGGGAGAUGGACAAGGGUCUGGGCCGUGACUCCAGCCCCACGGCCGCUGUCAAGAUGCUGCCCACGUUUGUGCGUUCCACCCCUGAUGGGACAGAAAAGGGAGACUUCCUGGCUCUAGAUCUGGGUGGGACCAACUUCCGGGUCCUGCUGGUGAAAGUGUCUGACAAUGGGAAGCAGAAGGUGGAGAUGGAGAACCAGAUCUAUGCUAUUCCUGAGGAGCUGAUGAGGGGCAGUGGCUCAGAGCUCUUCGACCACAUUGCUGAGUGUCUAGCUAACUUCCUGGAAAAGCUGGGAAUAAAGAAUCAGAAGCUUCCUCUGGGCUUUACCUUCUCCUUCCCCUGCCAGCAAACCAAACUGGAUGAGAGUAUUCUGGUGUCAUGGACCAAGGGCUUCAAGUCACACGGGGUGGAAGGAAGAGACGUGGUCAGCCUUCUGAGGAAAGCCAUCAAAAAGAGAGGGGACUUUGACAUUGACAUUGUGGCUGUAAUCAACGACACUGUGGGCACAAUGAUGACCUGUGGAUACGACGACCAUCAUUGUGAAAUAGGCCUCAUUGUCGGUACCGGCACUAACGCCUGCUACAUGGAGGAGAUGCGUCACCUGGAGCUGGUGGAGGGGGACGAGGGGAGGAUGUGUGUCAACAUGGAGUGGGGGGCAUUCGGUGACGACGGCGCUCUGGAUGACCUCCGUACAGACUUCGACCGGGAGAUCGACGCCGGCUCCCUCAACCCCGGCAAACAGCUGUUUGAGAAAAUGAUCAGUGGGAUGUACAUGGGGGAGCUGGUGCGUCUGAUCCUGGUAAAGAUGGCCAAGGAGGACCUGGUGUUCAAGGGUCACACCACUCCUGACCUCCUCACCACAGGACACUUCCAGACCAGCUUCGUCUCCGCCAUCGAAAACGACAAAGACCAGGAGGGUCUGGUGAGUGCGGAGAAGGUGCUGAGGGGGCUGGGCCUGGACCCCUCUGGGGAGGACUGCGUGGCCACUCAGAGGGUGUGUCAGGUUGUGUCGACACGGGCCGCCCACCUGUGUGCUGCCACGCUAGUCUCUGUUUUGAGACAGAUCCGAGACAACAAGGCUGCGGAGAGGCUGAGGACAACCAUAGGAGUGGACGGCUCUGUCUACAAGAACCACCCACAGUUUGCGCGGCGGCUCCACAAGAUGGUACGGCGUUUGGUGCCGGACUGCGACGUGCGUUUCCUGCGCUCAGAGGACGGCAGCGGGAAGGGGGCGGCCAUGGUGACGGCGGUGGCCUACCGGCUGGCUACCCAGCAUGCUGAGCGGCAGCGUGUUCUGGACGCCCUGCGUCUGAGCCGGGAGCAGCUUCUGGAGGUGAAGAGGAGGAUGGGAGAGGAGAUUAAUAGGGGCCUGGCCAAGGAGAGUCAUGACCAAGCCACCGUCAAGAUGCUGCCCACCUACGUCCGCUCCACACCCGACGGAACAGAGCACGGUGACUUCUUGGCCCUUGACCUGGGUGGGACCAACUUCCGAGUUCUGCUGGUUCGCGUGCGGGGCGGGAAGAGACGCAGCGUGGAGAUGCACAACAAGAUCUACGCCAUCCCCCAGGAGGCUAUGCAGGGCACUGGAGAGGAGCUGUUUGACCACAUAGUGCACUGCAUCGCUGACUUCCUGGAGUACAUGGGUAUGAAAGGAGCUUCCUUGCCCCUCGGCUUCACCUUCUCCUUCCCCUGCCAUCAGAAUAAACUGGACCAGGGUAUCUUGCUAAAGUGGACCAAGGGUUUCAAAGCUACCGGCUGCGAGGGAGAGGAUGUUGUGUCUCUACUGAAGGAUGCUAUCCACCGCAGAGAGGAGUUUGACCUGGACGUGGUUGCCGUGGUUAAUGACACUGUGGGCACCAUGAUGACCUGUGGCUACGAAGAUCCACUGUGUGAGGUGGGCCUCAUCGUAGGUACUGGCACCAAUGCCUGCUACAUGGAGGAAAUGCAGAAUGUGGAGCUGGUGGAGGGGGACGAGGGGAGGAUGUGUGUUAACAUGGAGUGGGGGGCCUUUGGGGACCACGGGGAGCUGGACGACUUCAGCACAGAAUUCGACAGAGCCGUGGACGACUGUGCCACCAACCCUGGCAAACAGAGGUAUGAGAAGAUGAUCAGUGGGAUGUACCUUGGGGAGAUAGUGAGGAACAUACUGCUGGAGUUCACUGCAAAGGGACUUCUGUUCCGAGGAAAACUCUCUGAGAGGCUCAAAACAAGAGGCAUCUUUGAAACCAAGUUCCUCUCCCAGAUUGAGAGUGACCGUCUGGCCCUGAGGCAGGUGCGCUCCAUCCUGCAGCACCUGGGUCUGACCAGUUCUACGUGUGACGACAGUAUCCUGGUGAAGGAGGUGUGCAGCGUGGUGGCUCGUCGCGCUGCCCAACUCUGUGGUGCCGGCCUGGCCGCUGUGGUCGAUAAGAUCCGGCAGAACCGCAACCUCUCCGAGCUCAAAAUCACAGUGGGUGUCGAUGGAACGCUCUACAAACUACAUCCACACUUCUCCAGCAUCAUGCAUGAGACGGUCAGGGACCUGGCGCCUCAGUGCGAGGUCACUUUCCUCCAAUCAGAGGAUGGAAGUGGAAAGGGGGCAGCUCUCAUCACGGCGGUGGCCUGUCGCAUCCGAGAUGCCGGACAGCGCUGAGCGAGGGGCUCUGGGGACACCGAGAACAAGGGUUACAUCCCAAAUGGCACCCUAUUUCCUAAAUAGUGCACUACCUUUGACCAGUUCCCUAUGCUCAAAAGUAGUGUACUGAAUCGGGGGGGCAUUUGGGACACAGCCAUGGGCGGGGUCACAACAGGGACAGCACAGGAUGACAAAGGGAUACUGGAAAAGGAGCACAACUGACUUCUUACUUAGAGAUUUGCUGUGCCUCAUCGCAUCUGUUAAUCAAAAGGAUCUGUUAAUCAAAAGUAGUGAUGUUCACAACAGCCUGCGUUGUUUUUUUUACAGUUUUUUGAUUCUGGUGUGUGUUUGUAAUGGAAAGUACUUGGCCGGUGGGCCACAUUGAAAAGGGAAUUACAGAGAAUUAAAUAUUUUUGUUAUGAAUAUGUUUGUUUCCUAACAGAAGCAGAGAUUCUGUUUUCUUAGUGAAAUGUGACAGUGAUAUUGAUGACCUUAGCUGUGUUCGAUUAUUCAUACUAACCACACUAACUAUAGUUUUUGUGACAUAAAUUGAGUAUGUAGUAUGCUUAUUGGUCAUAGUUUGGAUGUUAUUAUGCCAAAAGUUCCCAGAUGUCGUACUAAAUUCGCCAAAAUACAAAGUAUACAAGCAGUGAACACUAUUUCCUUGCUUUUAGGGCCCCAUAAUGCAAUUCUUCAGAAAAUGUGCAUGGCUUCACAACGUUUUCAGAUUUGAAGAGAAUGGUGGAAAAUAUGCAGCCGAAGACUGGACGAGAGCAGAUACAAAUGCAUUGCUUUAACUAAUGAUGACAAAUGUUAAAAUGUUGAUCAAUGUAAUAAAGUCAUGGCUUUUCAAAUAA